UGAUUAGAGGUCAUCCAGGUUAUUUACGUCAGAGGAAAACCGAAGGUGUUGACUGCAGAUAUUUUCGCCGGCUUAAAAGUUUAAUUAAUUAACUCAAGAUGCCUGGAAAAUACAAGGUUGUAAUGAUUCGCCAUGGCGAAAGUGAGUGGAACCAGAAAAACCUUUUCUGCGGUUGGUUUGACGCUGACCUUAGUGACAAGGGACGUGAUGAAGCUAGUGCUGCUGGAAAAGCUUUGAAAGCUGAAGGCUAUCAAUUUGAUGUCGCUCACACUUCAAUGCUGAAACGUGCCCAAAUCACUUUGAACAGUAUCUUACAAGAGAUUGGCCAGACCGACAUACCUAUUGAGAAGACCUGGCGCCUGAACGAGAGGCACUACGGUGGACUUACUGGUCUUAACAAAGCUGAGACUGCUGCCAAGUAUGGUGAAGCUCAGGUUCAAAUCUGGCGCCGCAGCUUCGAUGUCCCCCCACCACCAAUGGAGAAGGACCAUCCUUACUAUGACACUAUUGUCAAUGAUCCCCGCUAUGCUGAGGAGCCGAAGAAGGAUGAGUUCCCCAGUCAUGAGAGCUUGAAGCUGACCAUUGAGAGAGCACUGCCUUACUGGAAUAAUGUUAUUGUACCUCAGAUGAAAGAAGGAAAGAGGAUUAUUAUUGCUGCCCACGGCAACAGCCUUAGGGGUAUUGUGAAGCAUUUAGAUGGUCUUAGUGACCAGGCCAUCAUGGAACUGAACCUCCCGACUGGUAUUCCCUUCGUCUAUGAACUGGACGAGGACAUGAAACCAGUUGAUUCCAUGGUCUUCCUUGGUGACGAAGAAACUGUAAGGAAAGCAAUGGAAUCCGUUGCCAACCAAGGCAAGGCCAAGUAAAUUUAAGUUAAAUAAGUUAUUUAUUUUGUUAUAGUCAUUCAAAAUUAUGAUUCCUGUUGAGAUUGUUAUAUAGAAUCUAAUUUACGUACUGAAUAAAUGGACAAUUUUAUUUCAAUUAUAAGAAAAAAUAUGCUAAGGAAUCUCUAAUGAAUGUUAAAAUUUAACAAAAGCUCCCGAAUCAAAGAGAUUCUUUUGGGUGUAUGCCAACAUACCAUCUAGUGGUUACCACUUAAAAUAUUUAUCGUAGAAUGUUUGUGGGCUUACAAUAAAAACAUAUUUAAACAUUA